GCAGCUCGGACUCAGGAGUCAAAGCGCCAAGCAGACCAGGCAUGGCGAGGGGGGGAAGUGCCCUGGGCCGAUUGGUGCAGUGGGCCUGCCACCAGGCGGCGCCGUCACUGCAGGGGCCCUCGCACUCGCAGCUGGUGGCUGCGAAGGGCUGCAGCGGCUUGGGUGCUGCCAGCACUGGCGGCAGCAGUGGAAUGCUAAACAGCUGUGGCGGCCGGGCCCUCAUGAGCUUGCGCUCGGCGCCGCCUCAGCAGCAGCUACAGCAGCUGCAACAGCUCCGUGGGAUGGGGACAGGAGUUGCCAAUGUUGAGGCCAAAGUGCUGCGCAAAGCUCGCAAGCUUGCAGUCGCUGUAGGCGGUCUGGCGGGCGUGUUUGGUAGUCUGGUGGGUGUGGGCGGCGGAGUGCUCAUCUCGCCCAUCAUCGCGAACGCCUGCAAGACCAUUCCUCAGCGGGUCAUCAGCGGCACCUCGCUGGCGGCUGUGGCCGCCACCGGCAGCGCCGCUGGCUAUGUGUAUUACACCAGCGGCGCUGUGGACCUGACCAGCGCGGCCCUGAUUGCGGUGGCGGCGGUGGCCACGGCGCCACUGGGCGCCCGCGCCACGAAGGUGUUUGACUGCGCCAUGCUGCGACGGCUGAUGGCGUACUGGCUCUUCAUCGUGGCGCCGCUGGUGCCGCUGAAACCCUACCUGAUGAAGACCUACGCAGGCACGGGCCCGGACGGCACCAGCGCCACCGGCACCUCUGUGUCGCCCACUACCCCCGACGCCACGUCAGCAACACCCGAUGUUGACGGUGCGGAGAAGCCGUUGUGGCGGCCGCUGCGCAGCAGUGACGCAGUGCUGGUGGCGACUGGCACGGUUGCGGGCUUCGCGUCCGGCCUGCUAGGCAUUGGCGGCGGGACCAUCGUGACGCCGCUGCUGACCAUCGCGACCGGUCUCCCUCAGCUGUCGGUGCUGGGCACCUCCCUGGCAGCAAUGGUCGCGCCCUCGCUCAUAGGCCUGGCGCAGCACGCGCGCAUGGGGAACGUGGACGUCUUGAUGGCGGCGGGGCUGGUGCUGGGGACCACCCUGGGCAGCAGCGCCGGCAGCCGCCUGGCACUGGAGCUGCCAGACGGGGUGUUGGAGUGGGUGUUCUGUAUCGGCAUGUUGUACCUGGGCCGCAAGACGCUGGCGGGCGCGAGGGCGACAGCAACGCCGGCGCCGGCGGCGGCAGCUGUGGCAGGGGCAAAGGCGCCGCAGGGGGCGGCUGGCGCGGCGGCGGCUGUGGGCGGGACUGCGUCAGCGCCCAAGGCGUGAUGCGGGGGGUCAGCGGGAACGGGAGCGAGACGGAAGUCGGCGCAAGGGCUAGGCGUUGCUUGACUUGGACGCAAGGCUGUGCGGUAAUGCGCGUAGCUACCAGGUCGAGAUGUUGAUGGCAUGGUCACCAGCAGGUUAUCAAAACCCCGCUUGCACUGUUGUUGUUACUCUGGUGCAGCCCUGGUCCAGUUGGUUCUACAGCGUGCACAGUCAGUAGUGAACCAGCGCUC